GAUAGUGUCCGAGGGUAGUUCGGGUGCAUAGCAACGGACAUUUCGGCGGGUAACCGGAUAAGAAGGUGACAAUACUUAGAUGUAGUGCAGGGCAUCAUAAAGGGGGAAGAAAGGAUUGACAUGUGGUAGUAUAAACAGCUGUAUCAUUAAUUCUUAGACAUCAUGAUUUUAGAACAAUUUAGAUGUCAUCAGAACUGAUAACUCAAGUGAGUUUUUAUGAUUUGUCAUCAGCAAACUGUGUAUCUGUAAAUGUUUCACAUUUUUAGCUCACCUGAGCUGGAAACUCAAGUGAGAUAUUCUGAUCACUUUUUGUGCACUGUCUGUCUGUUCAUCCGUAUGCACAGUUUUUGCCUAUUUGAUUUCUCUAGAACUGGUGUGACAAUGUCAAUUAAACUUGGUACAAAUGAUCCUUGGAGGAAGGCCCUUAGGGGAAUCAAGUUGUUCAAAGGAAGAGGCAUGAUCCCUUCAAAAUGGAGAUAACCAAGAAAAUGGAAAAAUAGGGUGGAAUCAUUUGAAAAUUUUCUCAAGAUCCGUUGGGCCAAAAAAGUUGAAACUUGCAUAAAGGCUUCGUGACAUGGGUACCAUCAAGUUUGUUCAAAUCGCGGCCUCCAAGGGCAGGGUGGGGUAUUUGAGGGGAUAGGAGUUUUACUUGAGUGUACAUAACAAACAUCUUUGAAAACGUUCUUGUCAAGAACAACGGAGCUCCGUGUAGUACUGUCAUGUUGAUAUAUGCUAGGACACGCAGGUAGUGUAGAUUCAAAUUUGAUGAAAUCAGUACCCCCAAAUCCAUGCCCCUGUGGAUAGUGUGUGUUCACAAGGGAUCCAAGUUUUGGACGAUAAUAUAUAUAGGAAAAUAUUCUUCUCAACAACAGUAAAUCCAUGAUCGGUCAUUAUGACAAGACCGUACAUUUCAUAUCAUGAUUGUUGACCUUUUAACCUUGUAUUUCAGUUAUGUUGUAACAUUUGGGGCAAGAAAAACAAAGAACAGCUGAACAAUAGCAGGGCGAAGGUAACUCAGAUGAUAACAGCUAGAUAUAUCAGCAUCACAAAGACAGAAGAACAGAAAACAGGCACUGAAUCCUCAGGACAGCUGUGUGAAAGAGAAAAGGAAGAUAAAAGCAGAGUGGUUCGCACUGGACUCCCAUGAGGCCCUGCACUACUGAGGAAAGAAAGGUGAUGUUAAAAAGCAUCAGUUUUGACCACACAGAGUAUCCUUAAGUAGGGGGACUCAACAUUAAUCAAAAUCUGACUUCCUGUUUUGACGGAGGAUUGGACCAUCAACAAGUUACUGUAUAGUUAUGUUGUAAACUUUGGGGCAAGAAAAACAAAGAACAGCUGAACAAGAGCAGAGCCAAGGUAACUCGGGUGAUAAUAGCUAGAUAUAUCAGCAUCACAAAGACAGAAGAACAGAAAACAGGCACUGAAUCCUCAGGACAGCUGUGUGAAAGAGAAAAGGAAGAUAAAAGCAGAGUGGUUCACACUGGACUCCCAUGAGGUCCUGCAUUACUGAGGAAAGAAAGGUGAUGUUAAAAAGCAUCAAUUUUGACCACACAGAGUAUCCUUAAGUAGGGGGACUCAACACUAAUCAAAAUCUGACUUCCUGUUUUGACGAAGGAUUGGACCAUCAACAAGUUACUGUAUAGAUUGUGUUCCUAAAGACCCAGACCCUCCACAUCAUGGACACACUAGGACUCAGCACUCAGCUAAAAGUACGACAAUGUUCUCAAUGUCAGGGGGACACUGAGUUUUACUGUAACACAUGUAAAUGUGAUCUGUGUUUACAGUGUAAAGAGAAACAUGUCAUUGAUCUACAUACCAUAUACCAUGAUGUUGUGAUUUACCGUGAGAGGUUUAACUACAUCCCCAGACAAGAGAUCUGUGUCAGACAUCCAGACAGGUUCUAUGAAAUGUUCUGUCAGUCGUGUGAACUUUCUGUCUGUUUCCGAUGUUUAGAGCACCGAAAACACCAAAUACUGGAUAUUAGAACAGCCUAUCAAACAAAGCGACAACAACACCGAGAAAUCAUUGACAACAUCAGAAGUGAGACUCUCUAUAACUGUCGUGUUCUCCUGGCAGGAAUCCAAACUGAUAUCCAAACUUGUCCCCCACAAAUCUGUCACCGUCAAUCACAGAUGUCAACAAAAGCCCAGAGACUGAAGGAUCUGAUUGACACUGCGGUAUGUGAUGUUAAAACAAGAUACCGAGGUUUAUUGAUUGAUAGAAUACAACAACAGAAGAGAAAAAUGAACAGACACCUCACCCACAUACAGAACUAUGAAGACAGAUAUGAACAAUCAGCAAACAGAGCGGUACAAUUCCUCUUGUUUAUAAAGACCAGUCGUGUCCCCCAGAUAAAGGACACCCCUAAUCUUCCACAACACCUGCUGCUGUCCCUGACUGAGGGAUUCAACAUGGAGGAUGUCAGUCCGUUAUUGAGGGGAAUCCCAGAAAUCCAAAUGACAACAGGAAAACGACAAGUAGGAAUAGACGAGUGUGUGAAACUGAUGUCCACACCUGUAUUACACACGUCUGUCUGUGUGACAGGUGUUAGUUGUGUGGAUCACAUAUCUCGUGUGAUGUCAGACCGGGUCUGGGUCUCUGAGUAUUACAAUCUCAUCUUGACAGACACAACAGGAGACACUAUACACCGUGUGACAGAUAGAACAACAUUGUAUAGAGGAGGAGUACACACAGUGAACAGUUCUGGUGAACUGAUUUAUAUAGACAGUGAAGUUAACAUCAACAAACUGUCUGUGGACAAUCAAACAGUCACCACACAGAUAGAGUAUACACCACCAUGGAAACCAGAGUGUGUGUACUGCUCCCCGUCCACUGGAGAUCUGAUGGUCGGGAUGUGGAACUAUAAAACAGGCAAGGUAACCCGGUACAACAGUAGUGGUCAACACAUCCUGACCAUACAACACGACAACAAACAUCAGACACUGUAUAGUGAUCCUCUCUAUAUCACAGAGAACACUAACGGUGAUAUUAUUGUGUCUGACGUAUCACGUGGUGCUGUAGUGGUGACAGAGCGCGGGGGGAGACAUCGAUUCUCCUACACAGGACCUCCAUCAGGAUCAUCACUAAAUCCACUAGGAAUCUGUACAGACGCGCUGUCACACAUCCUGGUGUGUGAUUUUAACACCGACACAGUACAGAUGAUUGACAAGGACGGUCACUUCCUGUCUCUGUUACUGACACGACAACACGGGAUAAACAGACCACACGGCCUGAACUAUGAUGAUAAAACUCACCUUCUCUGGGUCGGAUCAUUCGACACCAACACAGUGCCUGUAUAUAGAUAUCUACAGAGGAGGUACUCUCUGACUGAUAAUCCAGACAGAGAUGAGCGGAUCACGGAAGAUUCAAGUUAGGAGAUUCAGGAAUCUGAAACAGAGCUGGAAAUCAGUGAAGAGUCCGAGACUGAAGAAAACUGUGAGGACCUGAAGUCUGAGGACAUUGCUGAAUAUUUAAUAUUUAAACAGUAUUUUAUUAUGACAAUUCAUGAUAGGAUUGGACAACAGACAUUGACUAUAUAAGUCCUCUCCAUAGAAGGGCAUUGCUGAAUCAGGUAGAAGUGGAGAUAAUUGUGUAGAGGAAAAUGAUGAUAAUGAGAAAUCAGAGGAAUCUGAUGAGGACACUCCUGAAUCUGACGAGGACACUCCUGAAUCCCGCUGUCAGUGGUGUCUCAACAUUUCCAAUUGUCAAAAUGAAGUUGAAAUAAGUCAAUGCAUGCAAAGAUAUGUAUUGUGUGAUUUGAAAGACGAGAGACCCAAGGGCCAUAUUAGUUGUGUCAUCUUUUAUACGUAAUGUUCCAAAACUCAUUCUGUCGUAACACUUGACAUAACAUUUUCAUUUCUGAGGAGUGUUUGGAAAGUGAGUAAACUGAUUCUGAUGGUGAGGAUGUUCCUGAUAAAAAAACUCGAGGAUGAGCAGAAACCAUGAAAUAGGUGAUAACAGUGAUGAUAAGGAUUUAGAGGAGACCUGCGAAAAUGAGGAUAAAUAAGCAGAUCUGGUUAAUUACAUUGAAAUAAUACAGGUAUUUCGCCAAGUAAACAAACGACUUUUCCCACUAAGUUCGUUGCCUUUCUUAGAAUUUCUGUCAUAUUUGAAGCUGAAAUGGUCAGUCACUAAAAUUACCAUCAUGUAUCCUCCAAAGUAUUUAUCUUCUAGAAUAUUGCAGUUCUAUAUUGAUUAUAUAUUAAAUUGUGUAUAUAUUUAGAUAUCUGAUUUGUUAUUAACAUUGCAUUGUUUGAAGAAUGUUAUAUCAGAAUAUAAUAUUGUCACGUAAAA